AUGCCGAUUGUCUCUAGCCAUGCAGAGGACACCUGCCUAAAAACCGCCUUUCCCCGGCCAGCUCGAGGCCGGCGUCCUCCCGCGCCCCGCGAGGCGACGACGAGAAAUCCGCCCUCGCCGUCGCUGCCGCCGCCGCUGAGCGCAAGGAGGAGGCCGUCGGCCCCGGCGGGCCCGGCGUACCCCCACACUUCUUCCUCGCUCGCCUCCGUCACCGGCGACGACAACGACGAUGCGGAUGGCGAGACGUAUCCCGAGGGCGGCCUGCAGGCGUGGCUGGUCGUCUUUGGCUCCUUUUGCACCAUGGGUGCCGUGUUUGGCCUGACCAACUCGGCUGGUGUGUUCGAGGCCUAUUUCAAGCAGAACCAGCUCGCGCAGUAUAGCCAUUCCCAGAUUGGCUGGAUUUUCAGUCUGUAUCUGUUCCUCGUCUUCUUCGUCGGUAUCCAGGUCGGGCCCGUGUUUGACCACUACGGUCCGCGCCUCUUGGUUGCCGUCGGGAGUCUGACGACGAUUACGAGCUUGAUGCUCCUCAGUUUGUGCAAGAAUCAUCCUGACCUACGCCGCCAUGGGCGGCCUCGGAGGCGCCCUUCUCAACGCCCCGCCUACGGCGCCAUCGCCCACUUCUUCCACAAGCGCCGCGGCCUCGCCACCGGCAUCGCCACCACCGCCGGCGGCCUCGGCGGCAUCGUCUUCCCCAUCCUCCUGCAGUUCCUGCUCGGCGACAAGGGCGUCGGCUUCCCGUGGACCUGCCGCAUCCUCGGCUUCAUCUUUAUCGGCUUGUGUAUCCCCUCCAACCUCUUCAUCCGUAGCCGCCUGCCGCCCAAGCUCGUGGGGCUCUUCGUGCCCCUCACGUACAUUGUGUCGUACGCGCGCGCGCAGGGCCACUCCGAGUCGAGCAGCUCCAUGCUCCUCGCCCUGCUCAAUGCCGGCUCCGUCGUCGGUCGCUUCCUGCCGGGGCUCCUGGCCGACAAGUUUGGCCGGUUCAACGUCAUCAUCACCACCAACGGGCUGUGCGCCGUCGCUGUUCUCGGCCUCUGGACUCCCGCGCACCUCUCCAACGCCGUGCUCGUCACCUUUUGCGUUGUGUUUGGCUUUGCUAGCGGGAGCAACCUUGGCCUGUACCCCGUCUGCAUCGGCCAGUUUUGCGAUUCGCAGUCGUACGGCAGGUACUACUCCACGACCAACAUGGUGGCCAGUUUUGGCACGCUGAGCAGCUUGCCCAUUGGCGGAGCUCUCGUCGGUCUUGGCGGGCAGAGGGGGUGGACCGCGCUCAUCAUCUUUUGCGGACUGUCCUACGUCGCGGCCAUGACGUGCUACGUCUCGGCUAGGGUCAGUGCCAUUGGGUGGAAGGUGCGAAAGGUUUUCUAG